AACUUCUGCUUGCCUGCCUUUUCAGCCAUUCAUGCAUGCUAUAAUUCGCAACCAAUAAUGGGUUUCUACUCCAAAUCAUCAACAAAUUUUCUUCUUCACUAUUCAAUCUUCUUCUUCUUUGAAAUCAUUACAUCAAUAUUGAUUUUCUCUACUACUACUAAUUCAAUCUAUUUUAACUUCCCAAGUUUCCCAGCAAAUGAUACUCGUAUCAUUUUCGACGGAGAGUCAGCCAGGAACGUUGACAGAGAUUUCAUUGAAGUCACCAGCAUUUCAGCUGGGGGUACUGGUCGCGAAAUUGCUGGCCGUGCCACUUACUCAGAAGCUAUACAACUUUGGGAUGCAACCACUGGAAGGCAGACAGACUUUGAUACACACUUCUCAUUCAUCAUUGAUAGACAAGAUCGAACUUAUCCUCAUAAUGCUGAUGGUUUAACCUUUUUUCUUGCACCUUUCGGAUCUAUGCUUCCUGGAGAUUCUUGGGGUGGAGCUCUUGGCUUAUUGCCUAGGAAAGUAUCUGAAACGAAUUUGACGACAAAUCCAAUUGUUGCCGUUGAGUUUGACAGUAAUAAAAACGGUCAGGAUCCAAGUACAGAUCAUGUUGGUAUCAACGUUAACUCGGUAGUAUCCGUGGAUACUGUGUCACUAGAAAAUGGUACCAUAAGUGAUGGAAGAAAGGCUGAUGCUUGGAUAAGUUAUAAAUCAGCUACCAAAAACUUGAGUGUGUAUCUAAGCUAUGCUGAUAAUCCUGUUUCCAAUGGAAGUUAUACUUUGUCUCAUGUUGUCGAUCUAAGCAAGGUUCUACCUGAGCUGAUUACGGUUGGAUUUUCAGCCGCGACCGGCACUUACACUGAACUUCAUAAUGUCCUUUCAUGGAAAUUCAAUUCCACUUUAGAAUUGAGAAAAGAUAAUAAAACUGACGAAGGAAAUACUUAUCAAAACAUACCAACAGAAAUUACAGAAGAGAAAGGAAAUACUUUAGGAUUGAUAGUGGGUCUUGUUGUUGGUUUAGGUGUUUUGGUUUGUGGGAUUGGUUUUGGUUUGUUUAUUUGGUUGAAGAAGAGGCGAAGCUCGAGCAACAUCGAGGAUGAUGCAGCCAACUCCGACAUGUCCAUGGAUGAUGAAUUUGAGAAAGGAACGGGUCCUAGGAAGUUCUCGUACCGCGAGCUGGCUACUGCAACAAAUAAUUUCGAAGGGGGAGGCAAACUCGGAGAGGGAGGAUUUGGAGGAGUUUACAAAGGAUUAUUAAGUGAUAAUACAUAUGUCGCCGUUAAGAGGGUUUCCAAAGGAUCACAUCAAGGUAAGAAAGAAUACCAAUCGGAAGUAAGGAUUAUCAGCCGUUUACGACACAGAAACUUGGUUCAACUCAUAGGAUGGUGCCACGAAAAGAGUGAAUUGCUUCUCGUGUACGAAUUCAUGCCAAACCGGAGCCUCGAUAACCAUCUCUUUCGUGGGGAAAAUGUUCUUACUUGGGAAGUCAGGUACAAAAUAGCUCUUGGUAUAGCUUCUGCAUUACUGUAUUUACAUGAAGAAUGGGAGCAAUGCAUAGUUCACAGAGAUAUUAAAUCAAGUAAUGUAAUGUUGGAUUCAAAUUUUAAUGCUAAACUUGGAGAUUUCGGUUUGGCAAGGCUUGUGGACCAUGGACUAGGUUCUCAGACAACAGUUUUAGCCGGAACCAUGGGAUACUUAGCACCUGAAUGCGUUACUACAGGUAAAUCAAGUAAAGAAUCCGAUGUUUAUAGUUUUGGAAUUGUUGCACUUGAGAUUGCUUGCGGGAGAAAGCCAGUCGAAGUAACUGUGGGGGUCUCACUAGUAGAGUGGGUUUGGGAACUCUAUGGAACUGGAAACAUCAUUGAAGCAGCGGAUGAGAAACUAAUUAUGGAUUUCGAUGAACAACAAAUGCAACAUUUGAUGAUUUUAGGCUUAUGGUGUGCUCAUCCUGACCACAAAGCUAGACCAUCCAUCAGGCAAGUGAUUAAUAUUCUUAACUUUGAAUCCCCGUUGCCGAAUCUCCCACCAAAGAUGCCUACGCCGGUGUAUUAUUCACUUCCGAUCCAAAUGUGUAAGCACUUUCACGGUGAUUUGACGAAUUCGCAGACAGAUGGUAGCCAAUGUACUUGCAGUAGCUGUGCCUACACGAGUUCUUCUCAGGUGGCUGCGUCUUCUACUAGUUCUUCUCUUUUACACUCGCGGUAAACUGAAUUUGCGACAAAUGUAUAGUAUUUGAUGAGUAGUUAUGCGUUGAUCUUUUUUGUUUUGUUUUUUGUUGAAACGUUCUCUCUAUUUCUUUAUGUUAUUUUUGUGUAAAUGCUGGUACUUGUUCGGACUCUAGUUGUCAUGUGCAAUGUACUCCUAAGUCCAAAGUCCAAACAUAGAAGUUUGCUCUUGGAAAAGGUCACAAAGAAAGUUGUAAGUAUUGAAAAUGUAUUAUAGCAUUUCUAGAACAUUUCUAUGAGCCUCUAGGUCAAAGAUGGUGGCUUAUAUUCUGACUCUAGUUGUUUUCUCCUAAUCGGGAGGUUUUUUCUGGAUCUAAA